UCUAAUUCGAGUUUAAACACAGACACUGAAAAAAUAAGAAAAUCGAAGAACGGAAAAAAAGAAAAAGAAAAAGAAAACCUCCCUGUUUCCAUAUCUGGUCAGUAUCUCUCUGCAUGAAUCUUCGAAUCUAACCGUUGAUCUUCGAUUUUCUCCCGCACCCACUAUUUUCACAGCAUUUCCUUCGUGGGUUUCUCUUCUUUCGAUUUGAAUUGCUGUCUGGAAGAAGAACUUCGUGUUGGAAGGAUGGUUGGAGCUCUGUCGAUGGUGGGCGGCGUCGUAGAUUCUCAUCUCUGCCCCUGCCUAUGCAUUGAUGCUCUUUCCUUGUCUAGUGGGAGUUUCAGGAGCAGUGGUGAUUUAGGAUUGUAUAGGAAUAUAUUGGGCAGAAAGCAAUCUAAGCGGCCAGCAUCGUUGGAGUUGAGUAGUUCUUUUGUCAAUGCCUGGUAUGAAUGGCGUCUGUCGGCAAAAGUCCUGUCGGAGAUCGCUUGCAGGCGAUCGAGGAGGCAGCGCAAGAAUCGGGACCUUGUGAUCUUUGAUGAAUUGGGCGGUCAGUAUGAAGAAAAUUUUGAUGACGUUACAAAGCAAAUCCUCAACUAUUUUACAUACAAAGCUGUGAGAACUGUUCUGAACCAACUUUAUGAGAUGAAUCCACCACAGUACAGGUGGUUGUACAACUUUGUAGCAACAUACAGUCCUGGAGAUGGGAAACGUUUCAUUCGUAUUCUCGGGAAGGAGAGACAUGAAUUGGCUGAAAGAGUGAUGAUUACACGCCUUCACCUCUAUGGCAAAUGGGUCAAGAAAUGUGACCACUCGAAGAUAUAUCAAGAAAUCUCUGAUGAGAACUUGGAGCUGAUGCGGGAACGGCUUAUGGACACCGUCGUGUGGCCAUCUGAUGACACAAACACAGAAAAGAUCGGUUGAUUGGUGGUGAUCAUAUUGCAUCUCAUUCUAUUGAUUAGCUAUAUAUCUAUAGCUUUUUAAUUAAUGUGUUCUGUAAUCUAGAGAUUUUCAUUUGUAUUUAUUUCUCCCAACUAACAAGAAAGACAUGAUCUUAGUGCAUACGAUGCACCUUUGCGUGUA